AUGUUCCCUGCCAACUUCCUCCAAAUCAUCCUCCAUGGCUUGAGCUUUUCCACUACACAAUCACUUGACCUGCAACCCGGCAAGAUGCUGGCGACGCCGUCUCUUCAGGUGGCUGCAUCUCUCGGGGCAAUCCUAGGCUCAGUGGCUGCAUCCGCGACCCCCACACCCUCAUCCGGUGGCUUAUUGGUGGACGCAGCGCCCCGAACGCCUCAACCGUACGUGCUGCCGAAUCUGCAGGGUGACGCCGUGGAUUUCGGGGGCUUGAUUAUCCGAACUCUGGUCCCCAAUACAACGUCGUCGGGCGCCUUUUCUCUCGUUGGUGUCAACUCGGGUGCAGCUCCUCUGAACCUCGUCCACCGGCACCAAGAACUAGAGGCCUUCUACACCCUCAAGGGCAGUGUGCAGGUCUUCCACAAUGCGGACACCGGUCGUGAGCUGCGUGCCAAUGACUUUGUGUUCCUGGCUCCGGGCAACAACCAUACCUAUCGUCCCAAUGAUCUCGACUUCCAACUCACCCUAGGGAUGGCUCCGGGGGGCAUUGACCAGUUCUUCGCUGCUGCUGGCCUUCCCUACAAUUCCGCCGCCCCGUUCGAUCCACAAGAUACCUCGCAGCUCAACGUGACCAAAGUUCUGGGGCUGAUGCCUCAGUACAACAUUGUCCCUGAGCCAUUCAACACCAUCAAUCUCGAUUGGACAAACGGCACCACGGCAGAUGGCAUGGACACCUGGCACGUCGCCGAUCAGUCUUUGCCCGAUGAUCCCACCCAAGCAUACUUCGUCUCCAGCAACCGCGGCCCCAAAUACCUGCAUCGGAGCUCUGGCCAGGUCAUCGCGCAACUCGCUUCGGGCAAGCAGACCAACGACAAGCUCAGUGUCGCCAGCAUCGCCAUCAAGCCGCAUCACAUGCUGUCUCAGCUGCAAUUCGACGUCGAUCAGGCCGUUCAAGUCACUGAAGGCCAGCUGCAUCUGGAAAUCGGUGGCGAGGAGGUACAGUUGAUCUUUGGCGACCUGGCUUUCAUCCCCAAGGGGACAUGCUUCAGCUAUUGGUCAACCGUGAGCUUCACCAAGGUGGUCAACUGGGCGGCGGGCUCGGGGCUUGCCGACAGGCUGAUCUCCGAGGCUGAGGCAUGGGAAUAUGGAGUUUGGCCUGCCUGA